AGACCUAGAGCGCGGCCGUGCGUAGGGAGCGCGGCCUCCCGUGGCGCCCGGGCUCCCCGAGGCCGCGCUGCGAGCGGCGGCCCCGCUCCGAGGGGAACGUCCCAGGUGGUGACGGGCAGCAGCAACAGUUAGACCGCGUGCUUCUCUUCUCAAGGAAAGGUGUUCCAUUCCCUUUCACGACUGCGGUUUCCGAGCUCCAGUUUCGGAUACGACCGGGGAUUGAUACAACUCGAAAGAACCCCAAAAUGUAAUGCCUCCAACUUUUGAGAACCAGUGCAAUACAAGUCUUGCAUUAUUAAGUUAUUUAGGACUUUGCUCUGUGUGCUGAAGCUUACAAGAAAGCUCAACAUCAUUAUCUUAAGAAAUGACUACCCCAAACAAGACCCCACCUGGUGCUGAUCCAAAGCAGUUAGAGAGGACUGGUACUGUUAGAGAAAUAGGCUCACAAGCAGUUUGGUCUCUUUCAUCCUGUAAGCCAGGGUUUGGAGUGGAUCAGUUACGAGAUGAUAAUCUAGAAACUUACUGGCAGUCAGAUGGAUCGCAGCCUCAUUUGGUGAACAUCCAAUUUAGAAGAAAAACAACAGUGAAGACCUUAUGUAUUUAUGCAGACUACAAAUCUGAUGAAAGUUACACUCCAAGCAAGAUCUCUGUCAGAGUAGGAAAUAAUUUUCAUAAUCUUCAGGAAAUCCGGCAACUGGAAUUAGUGGAGCCCAGUGGCUGGAUCCAUGUUCCUCUAACGGAUACCCACAAGAAGCCCAUUCGCACCUUUAUGAUCCAGAUUGCUGUUCUAGCGAAUCACCAAAAUGGAAGAGACACUCACAUGAGGCAAAUCAAAGUGUACACCCCUGUGGAGGAGAGCUCCAUUGGUAAAUUUCCCAGGUGUACAACAAUUGAUUUCAUGAUGUAUCGCUCCAUCAGAUAAAAUUUCCUCAUGAGGAACAAUAAAGGUAUUUUUUCAUGACUGUUAUUUUUGGUAAGGUAUUCAGAUACUUAAAGAGCUGGGUUUACUUCAGUGUAAUUAUAUCUUUAUGUUUAUACUUUGUACAAUCUAGAAAUAAAGAUAAUCUUGUGUUACAGUA